GGAACAUGCCCGACCUAACGCCAGUCUUCAGAGAGUCCGCGCGGAUUUCCUGGAUCGGCCCCUGGGGGCGGCCUCCCUCUCCUGCGGUGCGGCGUCCGUGCUGCGCGCCCAGGACACCACGUAUGUGGUCACGUCGCUGGCGGAGGACGGGGACUUGUUCUCCUGGAGCCUGCGGGGCCCGAGGCCUGGGCCGACACGGGAGGCGCUCAUGCAGCCGAUCGUCCUUCAGAUAUUCACUGCGGUGAGGUGGCUGCACGAGCUCGGCAUCGCGCACAGGGACCUCUCCCUCGAGAACGUGCUGCUCACCCACGGCAGCGCCGUCCAGACCGUUGCGCGGUCGCGUGAGCUGCCCGCGCGGGGGCUCGUGGAAGCCGUGCGCAGGGCUGCCCCGCUCGGUGGCGUGUGGCGGCGAUACCGGGGCGGAGCACAGGCCAUGGAGGAGUGCAAGCAAAACGGAGCCGUCGACAAAUGGGAGCGGACCAUGAUCACGGACUUGGGCGGGCAAGGGCUCGUGAUCGACUACCUCUUCCCCGACGUCGCGACGUCGUGGGUGGGCGCCGCGUCGUGGCUGCAGCGCCCCUGCGCUGCUGGCCACGGGGUACAGCCCACGGCAAACGAGCCGCGCCCAACCGCGGCGACGCCCCAGGAUGCCCUGAGCGGCGGGCGCGCCGCCGACGACUGGCUGCCCGUCCUGGUCCUGGCGCUCUCGGUGGUGCUGGUCGCCGGGCCCCGGCUCGCCGACCUGCGUGUCGCCGUGUCGCAGCUGCGGCGGGCAUUGGAGGGCCCAUCCUACAAGGGCAGCCGCCUGCGCGCCAACCAGGCUUGCCGCGUGGGGUGCAGCACGCUGUCGCGGGAGAUUGGCAGCCUGAAGCCGGCGAGCGUGGUGGACGCCGAGAGGGAGGCCAGGGAGCGGCAGAGGCCCCGGCAGGACGCGCGCGACGGCCAGGCAGCUUCUUUGCGGUUGCCCCUGGAGCCCGAGCUGAUGGACCCGCGGACAGCGCUGCUGCCGGGAGGCGAGCAGAACCCGCAGGACGGGGUCGAGUUCAGGCCGACCGCGGCCGCGACCAUCGUGGUGAUGAAGAGGUGCACCGAGAACCUGCUGCUGCAGGAGCAGGGCUUCGAGGCGCUGGCACAGUUUUGCAAGCAGAGCCCGAUCGGCAAGUCGGCCGUCAGACAGGCGGGUGGCAUGGAGGUGGUGGUGGCCGCCAUGAUUGCGGCCAAGUUGUGGGGCGUAGGGGGCACCGCUGUCGCCCUCGUGAGCGCCCUGCGCUUCCUGGCUGGCGACGCAGCCAUCCAGGGGGGCGGCCUGCUGGCCACCGCGAGCCUCGCUGCGGGCCGCCGGCACGCAGAGGAUGCGGUCUCCGAUGCCGGCGCAGUCCCAGUCGUGGCAGCGGCUCGCAGACGGCAUGACGACGACGCCAAAGGGCAGCCGUGGGGCCUGGCCGCCCUGAAGAACCUGGCGAGCGGCGAGAGGGAAUGCAGGCAGGCCUCGUGCCAGGGUCAGGUCCUCCUCGCGAACAUCCAGGUCGUCAGCCAGAGACGGAAGGGUUCCAACGUGCAGACGACGGUGUCUGGCGCUCUGGCCCACUUGGCGGGUCUGAGCUUCGCAGUACACGAAGAGGGCUGCCACGUGCUUGUCCAGCUCGCACUCUCGAGGGCCAGCGAAGAGCGGGCGAUCUGCGACGCGGGAGCCGCCGCGACGCUCGCGCGCAUGCUACAGAACCAUGCGAGCGUCGCGGAGGUGGCGAAGCUGGGGAGGGACUUCGCCGUCACGGCCCACGUGGAGAGGUACGACGUCGUGGAGGCAGGCGGCGGGAAGCAGAUCGACGCGCUCAAGGCAAGGCUUUCCUCCAGCGGGACGCACGUGGAGUGGACCAUCCGCGUGGUGGGCCAGCAGCGGGAGCCGCAUCGGCUCCGGAAGCGCUUCAACGAGUUCGUCACCUUGCACGAGUUUCUGAGGAGGCGUCUCAUCUCGACCCCGGCGGAACUGCCCUCCAAGUCGCUGGUCCGCCAGUUCAACGCGGAGUACCUGGAGUCGCGGAAGGUGGCGCUGCAGCAGUACCUCGCGGCUCUCUGCGCGCGUCGCGACGCGAUGAACUGCCCAGAGGUGCAGCGGUUUCUCGGUUUGCCCGAGCUGGACGUCGGCGGCGAGGCCGCCCAGGUGGCGGAGGUGCAGGAGGGCUCAUUCGGCGUCGUCAGCGUGUCGUUCGACGCUGUGCAGGGGCUUCUGCUGCUCGGUUCCACCAGCGCUUCGCUGAGGUCGAAGCUGGACAACGCAGUCGGCGGCAUGAAGCUGCCCUGGGGCGGCAGCCAGUCCCCGCAGCAAGGUAGGCUUCGCCGCUUCUCUGCUGGCCUGUGCCCGUUCCCGCCAGCCCUGGGAAUUCUGUUCGCCGCGUGGCCACCGUAAAACGCGUUUCCCGUACCUCACGCUGCGCGAGCCAUCUACACCUCACGCUUCUCGUGCCAUCCAUUCUAUUCGCGCAUGGUUUCGCGCGCAUCAGCCGUCCUG